AUUACUCGAUUUUUCCCCUUGUUUAUUCAAAAUUAGAUGAAACUAGCACAUUUUUAGAGUCCAGAGGAAAUGGGUUUUCCCUAAUCUGCGGAAAGAAGAUCCCUUUCUUUGGGUGGAAAUCCUUGUCCCUUUUGUGUAUUUAGGUUUAGAGUGUCCAUAAUUAUCUGCAACUUAUGUAAGAUAGCCCUAGAUAUAUUGUGAUUGUUUUGGGAAGUCAAUUGGAAUGCUUGUUCUUGCGAUUGAAGGGUUUGGACAAGUGUUUAAGACGGUCAUUUUGACAAAUCCUUUUUUAAGUUGAUAAGGCAUACGGUGAGGAGUAGGGGAACCAAUGAUAUUAUAGAUCCGUCGGGUCUUACCCUAAGAGAUGCCUUUUGAAGCUCACGAGCUCCGAAUGGGUAAAAUCGUAUGGAUACGCCCAUCGCCCAAAGUAGAUAAUACCUCGAAAGCCUACGGGCCACACCAUUGGUGGAUCGACCAAAUGUUCCCUCAUUAGAAGUGAAUUAGUUCCUUUAGAUGAAUCAACAUCAAAAUCUUUGGGCUUCAAAUCAAUACUCAAGUAUUUCUUAAAGAAAUCCUGUUAUACUGUAAGACCCAUCAUCUGUUUUUGAUAUGCUGUAGAACCUAAGUUUCUCUAGUUAGGCUGAGACAAUAAAUCUCAAACCUUAGGCCAGAAUAUGAUUUCUAUUCUUGACAUAUUGCUUAAACCCAACACUUGCGAUUUUGAAUUCAUCAUUGAACACAUGACCCACCAUUCUGAUAUCUUCUUAAAUUUUUUAUCAAUAUUACUGCAUCUAUAAACUAAAGUCAACAGAUGAAACAUAAUCUGAUUUAUAUUCUUCACAAUUUAUGAGAAAAAAAGGAGCUUUUUAUUAUUUAACUUGUGGUCACGUUUGGAGAUUUCAUCUUCCACACUCCUGAGUCUUGACUGUGCUGAUGGCAGAUCUUGCCAUCCCUGUAGAAUUUGAGCUGGGGUGUUGACCAAGCUGGAGAUCUACUUUUCCUUUGAUACAUCCACACUCCUUAGUACUUUUGGAACACUGAAACCAGACUGCACUCUGUUCAGUUCUUUCUUUUGACAUUCUUGUGGAUGACAUGAUGAGAUGAAUCCAAGAAGAUGCUUUUGCAUAUUUUCUGGUGUUUGGGUGUUGGAUGAUAGCUAAGUUGAGAAAUCUAAUAGAAAACAUGGCAAGGAUUGCCUGAUCUGAGUGUUCUCUCCAAAAUAUGGGCAGACUUCUGAACACAUGCAUUUCCACUUUGCUGUUCAAUCUAUAUAUAACACUUUGUUGAUGUUCACAAGAAUGCUUUUAACUUCGUCAAAAUCAAGGUCGAACAUCAACUGAGAAAGAUGCAGAAUGGAAAUCUCCUCAAGUUUAAUACAUCUCAAUUGAAUACAUUGCUUGCUAUCAUAAAUCAUUGGCAUCUAUUACAAACUCAAACUUUUGGAAGACAGAGUAUGGCAAACAUAUAAUAUCAGAGCCUUUAGAUCAUAUCGUUCUUAGUCACUGCACUAAAAAGACUUAACCCAGUGAAAGCCUAAUAAUUAAUAGAUCAAAGUUGGUUAUCUAUGUGGUUUGACCCAGGUCUUUCAAGUGUGUUGAAACCUCAGUUUAGUUCUCUCUCUCUCUCUCUCUCUCUCUCUCUCUCUCUCUCUCUCUCUCUCUAUGCGUUUGGAGUUUGUGGGGCUAUAUGCCAAUGUAUCUCAUUUGAACAAUAAGUGAUGCAUGGCUGAAGGGAUUUGCUCAGAAUCUCCUUCAAAGUAAACUCUAAAAUAAUAUCAAAAGAUUAGAGAUUUGGGAGACAGAGUCUGGUUCUGAGUUAUUAACUUUCUAAUGCUGAAGUCAUAUUAGCAGUUUCGUCAAGGUGAGAGAGACUAAAACUUCAAGGUUUCCUAUAAAAAUUCCUCAAGCUGUAUCUUAGAACCUCAAAGGUCAACCGGGGGAGAUUUUUGAAUUGGCAUGCUUGAUCCUUGCACUAAGUAAAUCAAAUAUUCAUAGUUUAAGAUCUGAGAGGAGUUUUAGAAUGAUGACUGAGUUCACCAGUACAAGAACAAGAGAAAAGGUCAUAUAGGUGUCAGACAGCAACAUCUAAUUAGACUUGCUUGCUACCACCCUUCAUGUUGUUUCUCAGCGUCUUAAAGAUGCUUUCUCUACACCAUUUUUUUAUUGCAUGCUUUAGUUGUCGUAUCAUAUGGAUUUUUAAUAAUUGGCUUAAUUUGGAUGGGUAUUUUAUUUUUUAGAAAAAUAUUAAUAUGUGAAAUGAAGAUCACAAGAGAGUUUAAAAUAGGCACACAUUACUAUAAAUUGCAAGAGUCCCAUGACAACUUAGCAUUUAAACUUUUGGAUUAUAUUAGUGCUCAAUCAUAUAUAUUGGCCUUUACCAGUUGUCUCGGGACUAUUUAUUUAGGACCUUGAACGUAGUAUCAAGAGGUUGAUUGUCAAGAGAGAGAGAGAGAGAGAGAGAGGAACGAUUACUCCGAUUACUCAAGUUGGCUGUAGGCGAAUAAGUCAUGUGAUAGGGAGACGAUCAACAUUUUCAGAUCCUUUUAUAUUGUGAUAAUAAUGAAGCUUACAAAUAAACCUCCAUUGUCCUUUAAGUUUCUAUUUAUCCCCAAAAGAAACUUCACUAGCCAAAAUGUUUCACAAAUUAGAUGGUUAAUGUCCUUUCAUGGUUUUUAGGAUUUUGACGGUUAGUUAGACUUUGUGACAUAGAUUGUUCUAUGUAAAGUCACUAAGAAAGAAAUAUAAAUCUAGUCAAGCUACAUCUCAUUCAAGCAACUGGCCAUCUAAUGUAAUUAAGCUUAUAGAUAACUUGAGCUUUGAACUUAGCCAAGUUCAUAUAGAAAAAAUGAUAUGUAGUUGUGUGAUCAACUAAGUUCAGAAUAAUCAAAUCUAUAGUACCGAAGUUUGGUGAUAUUAAGUUCUUAUAAGUUUUCUUGGAAACUUCAGUAAUAGGUUUUUUCCUUUUUCAUGCCAACUUUGUUGCUUAUUCUUUUAGGGUUGUAUAUUUUCUGACUUGGUUGCUUCUUCUCGCGUGAUUAUAGAUCUUGGGAUGGUAAUAUUCUAUACGCUACUACUUGCAAUUACAUGUCAAAUCAAACAAAUCUUGAGCCUUAAUUUGCUUUUUUAGUCAGCUUCUUUACUCUUCAAGCUAAGCUUUCUGAGACUAACCAGCAGUUCAUGAUCUUGAAUGACCAGCCUAUUCUCCUUGAACUUAAAUGUCUGUAAUCAUCAUCAUCAUCAUCAUCAUCAUCAUCAUCAUCAAGCUUGAGCAAGACCUACUCCUUUACUCUCUAAUGCCCAGGUUUUCAGAACCCUACAUAUCUAUCUAUCAACACUUUCAUCUAUUUCGAGAACUCAAAUGACCUUGCAACUUGUGCUGUGGCCCUAACACUGUCACAACACGUCGUAGAAUCCACUAUAUCUUUCGUUAACCGCGUCCUCAUUGCAAAACCACCAAUCCCAAUCCCCAAAUUUAAUGAUCCGAAGAAGAAAAUGUCAACAUAUCCCCUUCCCCGAUCCAAGACUACGCUAUUCCCGCCGGAAAAGUGGAUCACAUUUGUAGUACCAAGAACAGCAUCAGAGUCAUCGUCAAGCAAACCUCAUUUUCCAUAAUGAUACUAAUUCACCAUCCCAUCAGAUCUAUCAAUUAAUGUUUCUAAUCUCGAUGCUUGCACUUUGUGAAUACUCUUUUGACUUGAAGCGAGGUUGUGCAAGUGCGACCAGCGCAAACAGCCUCAUGUGCUUCCUCUUAAUGAGCUCGCAUUUCUAGGAGCCAAAGCUGGCAGUGUAGACCAACGGCGGCGAGACCAUGGGAUGUGAGGUCGUGGGUUGUGGACGUGAAUGCAUGGUUUCUUUAUGCCGUUCCUCUCGUUCAUAUACCGAGAUCUGUAACCCUUACCUCACUCGAGCAAGAGGGUGAGAGAGAGGAGGAGAGAAUGGCCACCACCUGCCUCUCUCCCCGGCGUCUGCUCGUCACCCUUCUCCUGCUCGCUCUCGCGUCGGUCACACCACAACGUAGCGACGCGGCUGAGGUCAGGGUUCCGCGUGCACGGACUCGAUUCCUGGCGCAGGAGGCCGUGAAGAAGGGCGACCGGUGCGACCCGGUCACCAACAACAGAUGCUCAGUGCUGCAGGCCAAGGACGGCACGCAGCUCCUCUACUGCUGCAAGAAGCACUGCCGCAACGUGCUCAGCGACCGCAACAACUGCGGCGCCUGCGGCGUCCGGUGCGGCUUCGGGCAGUUGUGCUGCAAGGGGAAGUGCACCGCCGUGGCCUACGACGUCAACAACUGCGGCAAGUGCGGCACCGUGUGCCAGCCGGGGUUGCGAUGCGAGUAUGGUAGUUGUGGCUAUGCCUGAUCUUGAGCUAGGAACUGCAUUCUUCUUCUUCUCUGCGAGAUGUAGAUUACAGUCUCUCUCUCUCUCUCUCUCUCUCUCUCUCUCUCUCUCUAUAUAUAUAUAUAUAUAUAUAUAUAUGGAUUAAGGUGGUUUGGAGUGGGGAGUGAGAGGACGAUGGAUAGAAUCUUACUGUCCACUAAAACAACUUGCUCUCUACUUUUUCUUGCUUCUGUGAAGGGUUUAGCACAGGAUGUAUACCAAUCCUUUGUAAACAAGCAUAAUAAUUUCUUCUUCUUGAGCAAUGAUUCGGUUUAGUGAAUGCUUUGAUUAGGUUAUUUUCCAUGUAAUUCUUAACAACAGUGUUAAGGACAUACUUUAUGUACAUCGAGUAGUAGACACAAGACACCAUGGACCAAAAAAUUACUAUUUUUAUUCUUAGUUUAGACCACCCAUUUUGGACAACUGAUAUAAAAUUUGUCUGCAGUCCUGACUUUUUAUUAUUUUUUAAAAAGAUUUGGAUGGUUGAAAUGGAAGAAUGAGACUUGAUGGAUGGUUGGGUGGGCCUUGGACACAAAGGUUAUGUUCUAGGCUGCAAAGAUUUACUUGUUUUUUAUAAGCAUACUACAACAUCAGAUAUUGGUCAAUAUUUACAUUCUUUUUCACGAUGAGGAUAGGAUAUACUUCAAUUUAGCUAUUUUUUAUAUAUAUGUUUGAGCUAUUGAAAACCAAUAGAUAAAUGCAAGAGAAAAUUUAUCAUGUUUUAAUUGAUCAGAAAAUAUCAUAAUUCUUCAAAUGUAUAUAGUUAGAUAUCCUUAACCUAUAUGAAUUCAUCACAAAUUGGAUUUGCAAGGUUUGAAAUCAAAUGCAAGGUAAUCUAUAACAAGGGUGCAAAGAACUCCUCCACCUAUAUGAAUUCAUGACAAAUUGGAUUUGUGAAGGAUUGAAACAAAAUGUAAAGAUCUAAGGUGCAAAGUACUUCCUCUGUAUGUAUAAACUAAUGGAAAUCCUUAACCUAUACGACUACAUGACAAAUUGGAUCUGUGAAGGUUUGAAAUGGAAAGUAAAGAUAGCUACAAUAAAGGUGCAGAGUACUCCUAUAUGUAUGAACUGAUCAGUAGAUAUUGAAGACUCUUUGUUGCAUAUCACAAGCAGACAAUCAACACCAGACAUUAAUAAUCAUGUAAGUAGUAGCUGUUGAUACAUGUUGAUAUAUUGUUGCACAAAGUGAUAGAUCUCAUAUUCAAAUAUACGUGUGAGGGUCAUGUACAUCAUUUAACAUAAUAUUUUUUUAAAAAAAAUAUAAUUAUGUAAGUAAAAUUGGUCCUUUGAUCUCCCAAAAGGUGCCAUGACUUAGGUAUUGGUGCAAUUCCUACACAGAAUUAAUAGAGCAUUUAUUAUUAUCAUAAGCAAUACUGAUGAUCCAUCUCUAAUCUUUAAUCUUUUGCUGAUAUGAUUGAGAAUUAUUAUGUAAUAAAAAGUAUAGGCAAAUAAUCUGAUUUCUUGACAUUUCUUCAUCCUGAUAGAAGAAAAUGGAGGAAUGAAUGGUAAGCAUUCUUAAUAUUUUUAAUAUGGCUGGUGAGCUUGAUGGACAAGGUGGAUCCAAGCUGCUGUCCUUGAAGAAAAGAAUGCAGAUUUACAGAGGAUAGAAAAAAAAAAAAAGUGCCAAAUGAAGGAAGACGAUACCUCACUCUUCUGUGGUAUGAUUGGAGCUUGAUAUCAGCAAGUGUUUGGAUCAGUAGGCAGUAAAUUUCUUGUGCCAGAAGAAUAAAACAGAUUACAGUAUUGAGUGAAUGCAAAAAAAAAAAUCGCAUAUUAUCUCCUGCAAACAUAAGCUCUAAAGAUUAAUCCUACAAAGAGAUAGUCAUCUGGUCCAUUCUAUGUAGGUUUCAUCUCUAUAGGAGAAGCCAACUAGGUUUUCAGUCAUUUCCAUAUCAUUGAAGCAUAAAUAAAUAUCUCUAGCUGCAGAAAGUAAUGUUGUAGACAAACAAUAGCAACAAAAUCAAAUAAUUAUCAUAUUUAACAGUGGACUGUAGAACAUCACAACUAUGAGCUUCCAAUAAUGUUCAGUCAGUGAUUUCCUUUAGAGAGUUACUGAAGGUAAAACAUAUCAGUUUUAUAUGUAUGGAUAUGUCACUGAGAUGGGUGUGCUCUUCAUAUUCUCCUGAGCUCAUUGUAAAGUAGUUGAGAACAACUGAGGUUAUGAAGACAUUUGCAGAUGAUGUAUAGGGAGGGAUCAUCAAUAGAUAAUAUCCAUGAAAAUUAAAAUAGUGCACAAUUAGCAUAUAUAUAUAUAUAUAUGUAUGUAUGUAUUAUCAUCAUCAUCAUCAUCAUCAUCAAGGAAUAGUCUUCGUCUCUGCCCUCCCUCCCAUCAGAGAUCCCAUUGCAAGCAGAAAGGUUCAUCAAAUAAUUUCCUGCUGUCAUGUGUAUCUUCCUCUCCCGUACGUAUCAUGAAUUAUGAUUUCUCAGAAGCAAGUGUUGAGUUGGUUGAUCGGUUCACAUCAACUUGCAUUCGGAAGGGCAAAGGUAUAGUAAGAAAAAUAUAUGUAUUAUAUUUUCCUUGAUGUUAUUUACAUGUGCUACAACUGCUGGGACCAUCAUAUUAGCUCUUUUCCUUGUCUACUCUUUCUUUUUUUGUUGACACUUUUUGCUUGAUUGGA